AUGUACGGCUGUCCAAGAUUCUGGCAUAAUAACCAAUAUUUCCCCGGCCUUCUUAAAUUUUUGGUGAUUAUCUCCAGCCUUCUAUCUUUUACAACAGCCCUAACGAAUAUUUCGAUUCUGUUCGCUCUUCCUGAGGUAACAUCUGUUCACCCGCCAUCGAAACCUCUACUUCGCUCUCUGACUAUGACUGACUUCGGGUCUAGCCUUAUCGCACAGCCAUUAGCAAUAACUAUGAUCUUGUCUUCCUUAAAAGGAACUGGAAUCUCUGUGAUGUUACAAUUCUCAGCCUUUAUUGCAUCUACAAUUUUCUCCGGUGUAUCUCUGUCGCAAUUGACCACCAUUAGUUUGGACAGACUCCUGGCUCUUUUGUUGGGGAUAAGGUACAGACAUGUGGUAACUUUCAGGCGAGUUCGUGCGGUCGUCUUUUUUCAUCAUGGUUAA